AUGGGUGGUGAGCCCGAGAAGCCGGCACUCGAGCAGUUCGGCAUCGACCUGACGGCCAAGGCCAAGGAAGGGAAGCUGGACCCGGUCAUCGGAAGAGACGCCGAGAUCCAGAGAACCAUCCAGAUUCUCUCACGCCGGACAAAGAAUAACCCCGUCGUGAUUGGAAAGGCCGGCACUGGCAAGACAGCCAUCCUGGAGGGCCUCGCACUGAGAAUCGUGCGUGGCGACGUCCCGGAGAGCAUCAAGAACAAGCGUGUCAUCGCCCUGGACCUGGGCUCGCUCAUUGCGGGCGCCAAGUUCAGGGGAGACUUCGAGGAGAGACUGAAAAAGGUCUUGACCGAGGUCCAGCAGGCAGAGGGCGAAGUCAUCCUCUUUAUUGACGAGCUGCACACGCUGCUCGGCCUCGGCAAGGCCGAAGGGUCGAUCGAUGCGAGCAACCUGCUGAAGCCAGCGCUUGCGCGUGGUGAGCUUCAGUGCUGCGGUGCAACCACCUUGGAGGAAUACCGCUUGAUUGAGAAGGACGUCGCCCUUGCGCGAAGGUUCCAACCGAUCAUUGUGAACGAGCCCACCGUCCAGGACACCAUCAGUAUCCUUCGCGGCAUCAAGGACAAGUACGAGGUUCACCAUGGUGUACGCAUCACCGACGGCGCCUUGGUGGCUGCCGCUACCUACUCUAACCGAUACAUCACCGACCGAUUCCUGCCGGACAAGGCCAUCGACCUGAUGGACGAGGCCGCGAGUCAUCUCAAGCUUGAGCAUGAAUCGAAACCCGAAGACAUCAUGGCUCUCGACCAGAAGAUCAUGACCAUCCAAAUCGAACUCGAGAGCUUGCGCAAAGAGAAGGACGUGGCCAGCCAAGAGCGCCGCGAGAAGCUGCAAGCGGACUUGAAGAAGUACGAAGAAGAGAUGGCGGAGCUCACAAAGCGUUGGGAGGCGGAGCGUGCCGAGAUCGAGGCCGUCAAGAAGACCCAAGAGGACCUCGACAAGGCCAGGAUCGAGCUCGAGCAGGCACAGAGAGAGGGCAACUUUGGACGUGCCUCGGAGCUCAGGUACAGCGUCAUUCCUACCCUCGAGCAGAAGAUUCCCAAGGACGGCGAAAAGACAGGGGGCAGCCUCGUCCACGACGCCGUCACCGCCGACGACAUCGCGGCAGUCGUGUCGAGGGUCACCGGCAUUCCCAUUUCCAAGCUUACAUCCGGUCACAUCGAGAAGCUGGUGCACAUGGAGGAUACUCUCCGCGAGGCGGUCCGCGGCCAGGACGAGGCCAUCAAGGCCGUUUCCAACGCCGUACGCCUCCAGCGUGCCGGCCUAAGUGGCGAGAACCGGCCACUCGCAUCAUUCUUCUUCCUCGGACCUACCGGCGUCGGCAAGACGGAGCUCUGCAAGAAGCUCGCGGGCUUCCUCUUCUCGACAGAGUCGGCCGUCGUCCGCUUCGACAUGAGCGAGUUCCAGGAGAAGCACACCAUCUCCCGCCUCAUCGGAGCGCCCUCCGGCUAUGUCGGCUAUGAAGAUGCCGGCCAGCUCACCGAGGCUGUCCGCCGCAAGCCCUAUGCAGUGCUCCUCUUUGACGAAUUCGAGAAGGCGCACCGCGAUAUCUCAGCGCUCCUCCUCCAAGUUCUCGACGAGGGCUACCUCACCGACGCGCAGGGUCACAAGGUGGACUUCCGCAACACAAUCAUUGUGUUCACGUCCAACCUUGGCGCUGAUAUCCUUGUCGGCGCAAAUCCCAUCCACCCCUACAAGGAGAUGGCUGACGGCGACAUCGAUCCGUCGGUCCGCAAGGCAGUUAUGGACGUCGUCGCCGCCAACUACCCGCCCGAGUUCCUCAACCGCAUUGACUCCUUCAUCGUCUUCAAGCGCCUCGCCCUCAGCGCCCUCCGUGACAUCGUCGACAUCCGUCUGCGCGAGCUGCAGCAGCGCCUCGACGAUAAGCGCAUCGUCCUCAGCGUCAGCGGCGAGGUCCGCGACUGGCUCGCCGAGCGCGGGUACGACCCCAAGUUUGGCGCCAGACCGCUCAACCGCCUCAUCACCAACGAGAUCGGCAACGGCCUGGCUGACAAGAUCAUCCGCGGCGAGCUACGGUCCGGUGACACAGCGGUGGUGUCCAUCAAGGAGGACAACUCGGGACUCGAGGUGGCGGCGCAGUCCAAGGCGGCGUAA